CGCAACCAUAACGCGGUGGUGCGGAGACUAGCCCCGCGGGGCUGGUGUGAGGGAGCUCGGCCUCCGCUGACCGGGACAGCUGGGCGCUGCUUCGCACGGAGCUCCGGCGGCCUGUGUGUUGACGUCUCUGGAGGAAAGACAACAUGCCUGCAAGUCUAGAAGAUACAAGAAAAAGCUUCAUCCUCAGAACAGCAGGAAAUUAUUUUGGCAUUUCACCAUCAGAUUCUUUCAUUUCAUCACUGGGAGACAGAAAAGAAUUGAACAAUUUUCUGGAUGAUGGCAAUGUGUUUGUUAUCUCAUUACGGAAAUCGGGUGACCAGCUGGUUGUGUGUAAUAAGGUUGAGCCAGGAGACAUCAAGGACAAAAUUUUGGUGUUCUUUAAGAUGCGCCCAGAUGUUAUUACUGAGGAAAAUUUGCAUACAAAUAUACUUGUGUCAUCAAUGCUGGAUUCACCCAUAAGUGCUUUUUAUCAAGCAAUACGUCAAAUAUUUGCACCAGUGCUGUUGAAGGAUGAGAAAUGGAGUAAGAGUUUUGACCCAAAACUUCAAAAUUUGUUGACUCAGCUUGAAGCAGGUUUGGGGUCUAUUGUAAGGCAUUCAGAUCAGAGUCAUAGUGGAACAAAAUUUGGAGGAGAAGAGGACACUUCAGGAAUUCUAGAACCUAGUGAUGAAUUUCAGUUCUGGACAGAAGUUGCAGCAACCUGUGGUAAAACAGACAAAAGGGAAAGGGCCCAGCAUUUUGAAGAAUUAUUUAAAACAAUUACACAGCAGUACAACAAUUUGGGUGCUCUUUCUUUGGCUGAUGUGGUGGAUUUGGUUGAGACUACUCAUGAUACCGUGGAUGAUAUAUGGAGGCAAACUGAGCAUGAUUUUUAUCCAGAGGCACGCAUGCGCCAUCUACUAGAUAUCAUAGGAAAUGCCUUGGGUAGAUUUGUACAGAAAACUCUAAUACAGUUAAACUUAUGGGGAGAUGCUUUCCACAUUGUGAAAGAAAGCCUCCGAUCUGGCAUCAUCAUCUGUGGACAGUGGGUGUCAGCUUGUGAUCACCUGACUGGACAGCUUUGGCGACGAUAUACUCCUCAUCAAUGGAAAAGUGAGAAGUAUUAUCCAGAAUUGUUGAGUAAACUUGCCAAAAGACUUGAAGAGAUACAAACUAGUAGAACUGUCCACGAGAAGCUUAUGCGGCUCUUACCAGCUGGAGAACAGCAAUUGCUUCACAAUGCCCAAGUAUUUGAGCCCUUUGUUGGACUGAAUCCAGUUCAAUAUAAUCCUUACACUGAGCCACUUUGGAAGGCUGCUGUAGCCCAGUUUGAACGCUUAAUCGCUCCAUCAGAACAGAAAGUUGCAAGCAAACUGAAAGUCUGUAUUGUGGAAGUUAAAGAUAAUCCCCAACAGCUUCUGCAGGCAUUUCAAAAAUACCAAGAACUAGUCAAAAGGCCAAGCAUCAGCAAGGAGCUACUUUCAGAGCGUGAAAUGUUGUUGGCAAAACUUGUGGAGUACAUCAAAGGCAUCCACACUGAUUUUGAGAGUCGGCGAUAUGGUGUUCCUGGCGAACCUUCUGGCCCCCUUUCAGGCAAGAAUCUCCCUGAGGUUGUCAAUAAUAUUGUUUGGGUUAGACAGCUAGAACUAAAGGCUGCAGAUACUGUAAAGGUUGCUGAGACUUUGUUGCAUGACUUGUCAGGAUUUCAGUCAUUUUGGCGAACUUGUAAUGAGCUUUUGGACCAGUUGAGGACCUAUGAACAAGAACAGUUUGGUGACUGGUCAAGGGAAAUACAAUCAUCUGUAUCAGAUCCCACAUCUGGUAUCAGUUUACAGGCUAAUGGUCGAGUUAUAGAAUUGGAUCACUUUGAUGGAAAGUUGAAAAUACAUUACUCAGAUCGCCUCGUUUCUUUGUUGAGGGAAGUGCGCCAGCUUUCUGCUUUGGGGUUUGUCAUUCCUGCAAAAAUUCAACAAACAGCAAAUACUGCUCAGAAGUUUUACAGACAAGCAGUUAUUCUCAAACAAGUUGCUCACUUUUACAAUACUAUUGAUCAGCAGAUGAUUCCUAGUCAGAGACCUAUGAUGCUGAAUUCUGCUUUAUCCUUUGAACACAUAAUAAAGAACCCGAAAGCAGGAACCAAGGAAUCUGGCGGAAAAGUACAGAUCACUUGGGAUAAUCCCAGGGAGCUGGAGGCCUAUAUUCAGAAACUUCACACUGCAACAGAGCGUCUUACAACAGAGAAUAGAAAGUUGAGAAAGUGUCAUACUGAUUUUUGUGAUAAGGUUGUAGCUCUUAUGAACAUUGACCUACUUCGCCAGCAACAACGAUGGAAAGAUGGACUGCAGGAACUCAGAUUUGUUUUCUCCACCCUUGAAUCACAGGGCUUUCGCUCCAUUGAUAUGAAAGCAUGGCGCCAACAUUGGAACCACCAACUAUAUAAAGCAUUGGAACAUCAAUACCAAAUGGGCUUGGAGGCCUUGAAUGAAAACCUUCCUGAAAUCAUUGUUGAUCUGACUUUCAAACAAGGAAGGCUACAAUUUAAACCACCAUUUGAAGAAAUACGAGCAAAAUACUACAGAGAAAUGAAGAGGUUUAUUUCUAUUCCAAAUCAUUUCAAGGGUGCAAGUGAGCCUGGUGAAGAGUCAAUCUUUGCUACCAUGAUAGAGAGAAAUGCAAAAGGUUUCAUCACUGUUUUUAGUAAAGCAGAAGAUCUGUUCAAACGUCUGGCAGCAGCAUUGGAUAAGUUUCAGGAAUGGGUUGUGCUUGGACAAGUGAACGUUGAAGCAUUAGUUGAAGAAAAUCUCCAUACUGUACAUGACUGGGAGAAGAAUUUCAAGGCUCUCAAAGGAAGAGGAAAGGAUUCUGAGAGGCUUCCAAGUGUCAUGAAAGUGGAUUGUAUUACAAUUAACUGUAACCCAGUGAAGGCUGUGAUUGAUGACCUUAUUCAGAUGCUGUUUGAUGCUUUGCUUCAGUCAUUAAGAAAGUCCAUACAAGCGAAUAUCCAUGAGAUAGACAGUUUUGUAAGUGAUGCAAUGGAAUUAUUAUCAAAAAGACCUGAGACAGUGGAAGAAAUUGGAGAUGCAAAUUCAAAACAUAUGGAGAUUACUUCAAAAAAACCUCAGGUUUUACCUCUGUUUCAAGAUGCUGAAGAUAAAAAUAAGCUGCUGCGCUCUGUCGCAGGUGGUGGUCUUGAGACUCUUAGUAGCCUAAGAGCUAAGUGGGACAAGUUUCAAUUAAUGAUGGAGAGCCAUCAGCUUAUGGUGAAUGAACAGAUUGAAAUUAUGAAAGCAAAUGUUGAAUCUCACGUAAGGAUGUAUGUUCAAAAGCUGGAGAAGUUUGAGGCUCGCUGGAAUCAAUUAAAGCCAAGUGAUGACGUUGUUGACAGUGGAAGCAGGGAAAUACUCAAUCAAUGUGUUGAAUGUAUAAAAGAGAAGAGAAUUGAAUUUGAUGAGCUGGAGACGACCAGAAAGAAAUUGAUUGAAGACUGCCGCCACUUUAAAGUAGAAGAACCUGAAUUCGAGUUGGCAGAGCGUCUUCGUGAGGAUCUUGAACAAUAUGCAAAUAUGUGGUCAUUAUAUGAGGAGUUUACCAAUGGAUUACAAAGUAUGGUAAAUGAGGACUGGAUCUCCUUUAGGAGUAAAUCUUACAUUUUUGAGGAAUUUUUAUUGAUGUGGCAUGACAAGCUGAGAAAGAGAAAUGAACAAACAACAGUGACUGUCAAACUGCAGAAAGAUGUUGAUAAAUAUAAGACUGUUUUACCUGUUCUGAAGUAUGUCCGUGGAGAACAUCUUUCCCAGGAUCACUGGCUGGAUCUGUUUCACCUGAUAGGCAUGCCCAGAGGCACCACGUUAGAAAAGUUGCAAUUUGGGGACCUACUGAAAGUGGCAGAUGUCUUGGUGGCAAAAUCUUCAGAACUAAAGGAACUUAACAGUCGAGCCCAAGGGGAAGUCUCCAUUAGGGAAGCAUUGCGGGAGCUUGAUUUGUGGGGGGCUUCUUCAGUCUUUUUGAUGACAGAUUACCGGGACAGCCAGAAAACAACUAUCAAACUGAUUAAAGAUUGGAAAGACAUUGUCAACCAGGUUGGCGAUAACCAGUGCUUACUGCAGUCUCUUAAGGACUCUCCCUACUAUAAAGGAUUUGAGGACAAGGUGUCUAUUUGGGAAACCAGAUUAGCAGAUCUUGAUGAAUAUCUGCACAAUUUAAAUCAAAUUCAAAGAAAAUGGGUCUAUUUAGAGCCAAUUUUUGGCCGUGGAGCUCUUCCUAGAGAACAAGGACGUUUUAAGAGAGUUGAUGAUGAUUUCAGAUCAAUCAUGGCAGAUGUUCAGAGGGACAACAGAGUAACUUCACUCUGUGUGCGAGCUGGCAUAAGACAUUCUCUCAUUACCAUAUUAGAUCAAAUGCAAAGAUGUCAGAAGUCACUCAAUGAAUUUUUGGAGGAAAAACGUUCAGCAUUCCCAAGGUUUUAUUUCAUUGGUGAUGAUGAUUUACUGGAAAUCCUGGGACAGUCAACCAAUCCUUCCAUCAUUCAAACUCAUCUCCGAAAACUUUUUGCUGGUAUUAACAGUGUGGAUUUUGAUGAAGAUUUCCAACACAUUGUUGCAAUGAGGUCCUUGGAUGGUGAAGUUGUGCCUUUAAAAAGCAAGAUUCGCAUUUCAGAUGAUGUUGAGGUUUGGCUGAAUAAUUUGGCUGGUGUAAUGAAAGAGACUCUGAAGCAACUGUUGGUUGAGUGCAUUGAUGCUUGGAAACAAUCGCAAGGCGCUAUUGACCCAUCACGCUUCCCCUCACAGAUUCUUUGCUUGACUGAGCAGAUUCAGUUCACUGAAGAAGUUGAAAAUGCCAUAAAAAAGCAUAGGUUGCAGCAAUUAAAUGUAGAACUGGUGGCAAAACUGGAAAACUACACAAGUAUAGACUCUUACAGCGAGGAGGCAGGAAGUGCAGAGAUGACCGUUUUGGAGUUGAAGCUCAAAGCCCUCAUUCUUGACAUCAUUCACAACAUAGAAAUAGUCAAGCAGUUGAGUCAAGCACAGAUUUGCAGUACUUCAGAUUGGGCUUGGAAGAAACAACUUCGGUUUUAUAUGAAACCAGAUAAUAACUGUUACAUUCAGAUGGUGGAUGCAGAGUUCCAAUAUACUUAUGAAUACCAGGGUAAUGCUCCAAAGCUGGUUCAUACUCCUCUCACAGACAAAUGCUAUCUGACUCUCACUCAAGCCAUGAAGAUGGGGCUUGGAGGAAAUCCAUAUGGACCAGCUGGUACUGGCAAGACGGAAUCUGUGAAAGCUCUAGGUGGCUUGUUUGGUAGACAGGUUCUUGUUUUUAACUGUGAUGAGGGCAUUGACGUGAAAUCGAUGGGUCGAAUUUUUAUUGGUUUGGUGAAAUGUGGUGCAUGGGGCUGCUUUGAUGAGUUCAAUCGUCUGGAAGAAGCUGUACUGUCUGCUGUUUCAAUGCAAAUUCAGGCUAUUCAGGAUGCCCUGAAAAAUCACAGGCGGUUCUGUGAGUUGCUGGGGAAGCAGGUUGAUCUUGAUUCGAAUUCUGGAAUAUUCAUCACCAUGAAUCCUGCUGGAAAAGGUUAUGGAGGACGACAAAAACUCCCUGAUAAUCUGAAGCAACUUUUUCGGCCUGUUGCUAUGUCACGGCCUGAUAAUGAACUUAUUGCAGAAGUGAUUCUUUAUUCAGAAGGAUUUAAAGAUGGUAACAUGUUGGGAAGAAAACUAGUGGCCCUCUUUAAUUUAUGCAAAGAGCUCCUUACGCCACAGCAACACUAUGACUGGGGUCUGAGAGCACUGAAGACUGUCCUCAAGGGUUGCGGAAGUUUGCUUCAGCAGCUAAAAAAAAGCGAAAGAGAAAUUGAUGAGAGUCAUAUUGUGGUGCAGGCUCUCCGUCUUAAUACCAUGUCAAAAUUGACAUUUGCUGAUUGUACACGGUUUGAUGCUUUAGUGAGAGAUAUUUUCCCUGGUGUUAAUUUUAAAGAUGUUGAAUAUGUUGAGCUGACUGCAGCUCUACAUGAGGCAUUUGAGGAAGCAUACCUUGAAAUUAUACCCAACCAGAUAAAAAAAGCUUUGGAACUUUUUGAACAGCUACGUCAGAGAAUGGGAGUAGUUAUUGUGGGUCCAAGUGGUGCAGGAAAAUCAAUUCUAUGGCGAAUGCUGCGGGCAGCUCUUGGCAAAAUAAACAAGAUAGUGAAGCAGUACACAAUGAAUCCCAAAGCCAUGCCACGCCAACAGCUCUUGGGUCACAUUGACAUGGAUACCCGAGAAUGGUCUGAUGGUGUGCUAACGAAUAGUGCCCGGCAGGUUGUUCGAGAACCACAGGAGGUUCACUCUUGGAUUAUCUGCGAUGGGGACAUUGAUCCUGAAUGGAUUGAGUCCUUAAACUCAGUCCUGGAUGAUAAUCGACUGCUCACCAUGCCAAGUGGAGAACGAAUUCAGUUUGGGCCAAAUGUUAAUUUUUUGUUUGAAACUCAUGAUCUCAGCUGUGCUUCUCCUGCUACAAUAUCCAGAAUGGGCAUGAUUUUCUUGAGUGAUGAAGAUACAGAUGUAAAUUCUUUGGUGAAGUCUUGGCUGCGAAACCAGGCAGAUGAAUGCCGGAGUAAUCUUGAAAACUGGAUAGGAGACUACUUUGAGAAGAGUUUGAACUGGGUUUUGAAACAAAAUGACUUUGUGGUAGAAACAAGUCUUGUUGGAACAGUUUUGAAUGGUCUUUCUCAUCUUCAUGGAUGUAUGGAUCGUGGACAGUUCAUAAUUAGUUUAAUUAGAGGUCUUGGUGGUAAUCUUAACAUGAAAUCUCGACAAGAAUUUUCUAAAGAGGUUUUAAACUGGGCAAGAGAAUCACCACCUGAUCCACGUCAAUCUCUAGACGCAUAUUAUGACCAUCAGAGUGGGCGUCUUAUGGCAUACCAAAUGGAGAAACCAGAAAAUCUGAAAGCUGAUGAUUUCAGUAACCCUCAAAAACUUCCUGUCAUCCGAACUCCUGACAUGCAACGAGGUCUAGAUUAUUUUAAGCCUUGGUUAAAUUCUAACAACAAUCAGCCAUUUAUACUAGUAGGACCAGAAGGAUGUGGAAAAGGGAUGCUUCUUCGUUAUGCGUUCUCUCAGCUCAGAUCCACUCAGAUUGCAACAGUUCACUGUAGUGCACAGACCUCACCUCGACAUAUUCUGCAAAAAUUGAGCCAGACGUGCAUGGUUAUAAGUUCCAACACUGGUCAUGUGUACAGGCCCAGGGAUUGUGAGCAUUUGGUAUUAUACUUGAAAGAUGUUAACCUCCCCAAACCAGACAAAUGGGGAACCAGCAGUGUUAUUGCUUUUCUACAACAGGUAUUGACUUAUCGUGGAUUUUAUGAUGAGAAUCUUGAAUGGGUUGGAUUAGAACAUAUUCAAAUUGUGGCUUCGAUGUCAGUUGGUGGAGCUAUGGGACGACAUGCCCUAACAACAAGAUUUACAUCUAUUGUCAGGAUCUGUACAAUAAACUAUCCUGAUAGAGAGCAACUGCAGGCAAUAUACAGUGCAUAUUUACAGCCUGUGCUACAUAAGAAUCUGAAAAACCAUCAUAUAUGGGGGAGUCUGACCCGAAUACAUCAGCUGGCCAGUUCACUGGUACAAGUUUAUGAACAGGUUCGAAUGAAGUUCACAGUGGAUGACAAUGGUCAUUACCUCUUUACUCCUUGCAUUCUUACUCAAUGGGUACUGGGGUUGUUUCGCUAUGACCUUGAGGGAGAUGAAUCACAAAAAUCAGUGGACCAUGUUCUUGAAGUCGUUGCCUAUGAGGCACAUCGUUUGUUCCGUGACCGCAUAGUAGGAUCCAAAAAUCUAAUUAUUUUUGACAACAUUUUAAUAUCAGUUAUUCGAGGAGAUUGGGGAUCGGAUUUACUGGACAACAUGAUGGAUUCAUUUUAUGUAACCUGGGGGGCUCGGCAUGAAGCUGGCUCUAUGACUGCCCCAGACCAGCCGUUACCUCCUUAUGGAAAGAUGCUGGGAAAGUUAAGUUCUUCUGACUUGAAAGAUGUUAUCCAAAAGGGUAUUGUUCAGUAUGGAAGAGACAGUAGGGAGAUGGAUAUUUUGCUUUUCCAUGAAGUUUUGGAUUACAUGGCAAGAAUAGACCGAGUGCUGAGCUGUCCUGGAGGCUCGCUGCUGCUAGCAGGACAAAGUGGUGUAGGUCGUAGGACGGCCACCUGUGUAGUCAGUCACAUGCAUGGAGCAAUAUUGUUCACACCAAAGAUUUCCAGAGGAUAUGAGAUCAAACAGUUCAAAAAUGAUUUAAAAUAUGUGAUGCAGCUUGCAGGUCUUGACGGACAUCAGGUAGUGUUGCUCCUGGAGGACUACCAGUUUGUGCAUGCUCAGUUCCUUGAGAUGGUGAACAGCCUACUAUCAUCAGGUGAAGUGCCAGGCCUGUAUACACCAGAAGAACUGGAACCAAUCCUGUCACCUUUAAAAGACCAGGCCUCACAAGAUGGAUUCCUUGGACCCAUCUUUAAUUACUUCACAUGUAGAAUUCAGCAAAACUUGCAUGUUGUCCUUAUUAUGGACUGCACUAACUCCAAUUUUACAAUUAAUUGUGAAAGUAACCCAGCUUUUUACAAGAAGUGUGCAGUACAAUGGAUGGAGGAAUGGACUAAUAAUAGCAUGAAGAAAAUUCCUGAUAUGUUGUUUUCAUUGAGCCACGGACAAGAGGCGAAAGGAAAAUCACGUAGAAAUUCAACUUCUGGUGGUGGUGAUCUAACAAAAUCUUUCCUGAUGAUUCAUGAGUCUUGCAGAGCAUAUGGAGCUACUCCACACAGAUAUAUGAUUUUCUUGAAUAUGUACAGCUCCAUAUAUAAUACCAAGAAAGCUGACCUAAUGAAACGGCAGAGUCAUUUACAGGCUGGAGUUUCUAAGCUAAAUGAAGCCAAAGCACUUGUUGAUGAACUGAAAGGAAAGGCAGCAACACAGAGCAUUUUACUUAAAACCAAGCAAGCCGAAGCUGACGCUGCUCUGCAAGAGAUUACAGUAUCAAUGCAGAAUGCAAGUGAACAGAAAACUGAAAUGGAACAGAUAAAGCAGAAGAUAGCUGAGGAGAUGGUGAAAAUUGAAAAACGUAAAAGUGUAAUUGACAAUGAACUUAAGCAGGUCCAGCCUCACGUAGAUGAAGCCAAACGAGCAGUAGGAAAUAUAAAGCCAGAAUCACUUUCUGAAAUACGGUCACUGCGAAUGCCACCUGAUGUAAUCAGGGAUAUUUUGGAAGGCGUAUUACGGCUAAUGGGUAUUUUCGAUACGUCAUGGGUCAGCAUGAAAAGUUUUUUGGCAAAACGAGGAGUGAGAGAAGAGAUUGCAACCUUUGAUGCCUGGAAUAUCAGCAGAGAAAUCAGAGAGAGUGUAGAAGGGCUUUUGCAGAAGAACAGUGCUUCUUUUGACCCAAAGAAUGCAAAGCGUGCCAGUGCUGCAGCUGCUCCAUUGGCUGCAUGGGUUCGAGCUAACGUGAAAUAUUCAUAUGUUCUGGAGAAGAUUCAACCACUGGAAAAAGAACAAGCUGCGUUGAUUGAAAACCUAAAUAAAACUGAAGAAAGAAAACAGAAUCUGGAAAUCAAGCUCCACAGUGUGGGACGAAAAGUGGCUGAACUCAAAGAAAAAUUCCAGAUCAGAACAACUGAAGCAGCUAAGUUGGAAGCAGAAGUAACUAAAGCUCAGGAGACCAUAGAGGCAGCUGAAAAACUGAUUGGUCAGCUUGAUGGGGAACACAGAAGAUGGAUUACACAAGUUGCAGAGAUCACAGAAGAGUUAAAUACUUUGCCAAAGAGGGCACAACUGGCUGCUGCUUUUAUCACCUACCUGUCUGCAGCUCCAGAAGAUCAGAGAAAAGCCAGUUUGGAGGAAUGGAUGAAAUCAUCAGGCCUUCAAAAAUUCGAUCUACGUCGAUUCCUUUGCACUGAAAGUGAGCAAUUGAUUUGGAAGAGUGAAGGAUUACCUUCUGAUGACCUGUCCAUAGAGAAUGCUCUUGUAAUUUUGCAGAGUAAAAUAUGUCCAUUCUUAAUAGAUCCCUCUUCACGUGCAACUGAGUGGUUAAAGCAUCACUUGAAGGAGGCACGUCUGGAAGUUAUAAACCAACAGGAUUCAAACUUCAUUACAGCGGUAGAACUGGCAGUACGUUUUGGGAAGACACUAAUUAUACAAGAGAUGGACGGUGUUGAGGCAGUACUAUACCCACUUCUGAGAAGGGACCUUAUUGCUCAGGGACCUCGCUAUAUUGUACAAAUUGGAGAUAAACUAAUUGACUACAAUGAAGAUUUUCGCCUGUUUCUGGCAACUCGCAACCCCAACCCUUCUAUUCCACCAGAUGCAGCUUCUAUUGUCAACAAGAUUAAUUUUACAACAACAAGGGAAGGUCUCAGGGGACAGCUGUUAGCUGUCACCCUGCAACAUGAAAAACCAGAGCUAGAAGAACGUAAGACAGCACUUCUACAACAGGAAGAGGAGAAAAAGAUUCAAUUAGCAAAGCUUGAAGAUUCUCUGCUGGAGACACUGGCCACUUCACAAGGAAAUAUAUUGGAAAACAAGGAGCUUAUAGAAUCACUCAAUCAGACCAAGGCCAGCAGUGCACUAAUCCAAGAAUCCCUCAAUGAGUCUUUCAGAUUACAGAUUUCUUUAGAUCAGGAGAGGGAUGCAUUCCUCCCACUUGCUGAGACCGCCAGCAAGAUGUUCUUUAUUAUUAGUGAUCUGUCCAAAAUUAAUAAUAUGUAUCGCUUCAGUCUUGCAGCCUUUCUUAGGCUCUUCCAGCGAUCAUUGCAGAACAGGAAGGAAUCUGAAAACACAGAUGCCCGAAUCACAACACUGAUAGCUAUACUGAAAACUUCGACGUAUGAAUACAUUUGCCGAUCACUGUUUAAGGCUGAUCAACUGAUGUUUGCUUUGCAUUUUGUCCGUGGAAUGCACCCACAUCUCUUCCAAGAAAAUGAAUGGGAUGCGUUUACUGGUUUGAUUGUCGGAGAUAUGGUUCGGAAAACGGAUAAUCAAAAAUCCAGACGUGAAUCAAUUCCAUCUUGGAUUGAUCAAGAGAGGGUGGCAGCAAUCACACUCUUAAAGACUACCUUCCCAUCUUUGUAUCAGACACUCUGUUUGGAAGAUAUAGACCUUUGGCUCAAUUUCUCUCAAAGUUCAACCUGUGAACAAGAUAUCCCAACAUCUAUUGCUCGAAGAAUCAGUCUUUUUCAACAGGUUCUGGUUGUUCAAGCAAUAAGACCAGACAGACUUCAAAGUGCCAUGGCUCUUUUUGCAUCCAAAGCCCUUGGAAUGAAGGAAUUAUCCCCACCUCUUUUAAAUCUGAAACGUCUUUUAAGUGAGACACUGGCAACCGAGCCUGUUCUCAUUAUUAUUUCACCUGGUGCUGACCCAUCCCAAGAACUUCAAGAGCUGGCCAGUGAAACGAUUGGCAGAGAAAACUUUCAUGAGGUGGCAAUGGGCCAGGGUCAAGCUGAUAUAGCCAUCCAAACACUAAAGGAAUGUGCACGCAAUGGAGAAUGGUUGUGUUUAAAGAACUUGCAUCUGGUUACAGUCUGGCUGCCAGUUUUAGAAAAGGAGCUGAACAGACUUGAACCUCAUACGAAUUUCCGUCUUUGGCUUACCGCUGAAAGCCAUCCAAAGUUUUCUCCAAUAUUACUGCAGUCUAGUCUGAAAAUAACAUAUGAGGCGCCACCAGGUUUGAAGAAGAAUUUAAUGAGGACAUAUGAGUCCUGGACAUCAGAGCAAAUCGCUAGGAAAGGUGUUAUAGAAAGAGCACAAUCCCUCUUCAGUUUGGCCUGGUUCCAUGCUGUUUGUCAGGAGAGGAGGAACUACAUUCCUCAAGGUUGGACCAAAUUUUAUGAAUUUUCCUUGUCGGAUCUCCGAGCUGGAUUUGAAAUAAUUGACAGACUUUUUGAAGAAACAAAGGAUGUUCAGUGGGAGUUUGUUCGUGGUCUGUUGAAAAAUGCCAUCUACGGUGGACGCAUCGAUAACGUAUUCGAUCUACGGGUUCUGAAUUCGUAUCUAGAGCAAUUUUUCAAUCCCAAAGCAAUUGUUGGGUCACAAUCCCGGAGCAAAAAUGUAGCAUCAUUUCCAUCAUCCAUCACUGUGCCUAAAUCCUGCAGCAUUAUGGAUUACCGUGCCAUUGUUACCCAUUUACCAGAAGAUGACAAGCCUGCAUAUUUUGGUCUACCCGCCAACAUAGAGCGGUCAUCGCAACGUAUUUUCAGUAACCAGGUCAUUUCCCAGCUGCGGAUUCUAAGCAGGUCAAUGACAGCAGGGUGUAAAUUUGACAGAGAAAUUUGGUCCAAUGAGUUGUCUCCCAUUCUCAACCUCUGGAAAAAACUUAACCAGGGCUCUCAGCUAAUUCACCAAAAGAUAUCUCCUCCAAAUGAGAAGCAGGGUUCUCCUAUCCAGUCAUUCAUAGCUUUGGAACAAUACAAUGCCAUACGGUUGGUGCAAAGUGUUCAUCAGUCUCUGGCAGCAAUGAGCAAAGUUAUAAGAGGAACAUCUUUAUUGACAUCCUCAGUGCAGAAGCUGGCAACUGCACUGAUGAAUCAAGAGUGUCCUUUGAGCUGGCAGAACAAGUGGGGAGGACCUGAAGACCCCAUGCAGUACCUCCGAGGAUUGGUAGCUCGUGCUCUUGCAAUACAGCAAUGGGUUGAAAAAGCUGAAAAUCAUUCAUUGCUGUCUGAUACCCUAGACCUAUCUGAACUGUUCCAUCCAGAUACUUUUCUGAAUGCUUUGCGUCAAGAAACUGCAAGGGUCAUCAGUUGCUCAAUAGACAGCUUGAAAUUUGUGGCAACGUGGAAGGGACAGACAUUGGAUGCAAAACUUCAAGUCAGGAUUGGUGGUCUGUAUCUAGAGGGAUGCAGCUUUGAUGGGAAUCGACUUUCAGAAAAUCAGCACGACUCUCCCAGUGUGUCAGCUGUUCCCCCUUGUUACAUGGCCUGGAUUGCUCAGGAUGCUAUUGGGCCAUAUUCUCCUGAAGAAUGCAUUUCCCUACCUGUCUAUGCCAGUGCUGAACGAGAUCAAGUAGUCAUAAAUGUAGAUGUUCCCUGUGGAGUCAGCCAGGAUCAAUGGAUUCAGUGUGGAGCAGCUUUAUUCUUGAAGAAUCCAUAGUUUUUGUGUUUUUUAAUGAAUUCUCAAAACAUGAAACUUCAAAUUCAAAAAAAAAGCAUAAGAUUUCUUUUUGAUAUGUUGAACAUCCUAUUGAUUCAGUUGUAAAAUUGAGGCAUUGUAGUAUAAAAUUCUCUAAAAUAAGUUAGUGUCUCUAUUUAACUAAAGUUACAUUAUUUUAAUUAGAAAUUAUCUGAAUCAGUUCAGUUCAUUCCAUUCAGUGAUUGUCAUUUGUUGGAAAGGAAAUGUUUUUGAAUGAGUUUCACCUUACAUAACCUCAGGAAUGUGCUUGUUUUGUGAUUUCCUACUUCAUGCCUUUACAGUCAAUGUGGAAAUUUAAUGUUACAUAGGUUGCGCUUGUUAGAAUGUAUUUUCAUGAACAUGACCAAAGGCAACUCUCCACUGUUUAAAUAUGCUAUUUAGUUAUCAGAUUAAAAU